AGUGCCCACUCUGAGUAAAGCGAAAUUCGAAAAUAUUUUUUCAUGCAUUUCAUUAAGUCCAAACAAUUUUGCUUCUAGAGGAGUAUGUAUAGCCUUGCUGAAGGAUAUCUACCUGGCGGUCAUCACAAAACGAAAUAUCUUGAACUGACAUCAAGAAGCGUAAAUUGUUUGACUAGAGCGCGUAAUGCAUGAUGAUUAAAGUGCUUUUAUUGUUUUUCUAGCAUUUUCGUAGCAACCGUCUGUCACGCGUCUACUCCGUAUCUAGUUGAAUUUCGGAAGCGUAAUCAUCCAGGUGUAGCCCCGCGAUGACAAGGGAAAGAUACUUUCCUCGUAAUCAAAGUUCAUUAGGACAAAAGCCUGGCGGUAACGAGAGUUGGAAUCAGAACAAUGGAAUGGCUGAAAUUACUGACGAAUUCUUGCGUAAUACGUCUAUACAUGGACUGAAGUACAUAGGAGAGCGAGACAGGCCCGUUUUCGAAAGGAUAUUAUGGCUGUCACUUGUGAUCGCCGGUUGCUGCGUUUCGGUAUGGAUGUGCUAUCUGGAAUGGACUAAGUGGAGCGAUUCAUCGAUUUUAAUUACCCGCGAUCCGACAGUGAUCACACACAACCCAAUGAACUUUCCCGUCAUUACGAUGUGCAGCACUAACAAAAUCUCUGAAAAGAAAUUAGCUUAUGUAUAGUUGGAUGAAUUAUUCCUCCUUGGUAAAAACAAUUCGUUACAUGACGAAAUUUGAUGACCUGUUAAGCGAAGACGAAGAUGAUGGCUUCCAACAACUGCUUCAAGAGCUCACCGAACAUAAUAUCAAAAUUGCAGAUUUAGUUGAGGUUGUCCGUCAAGUGCGACCUGCUUGCAACGAUAUGGUUGUGGAUUGUCAAUGGAAAUCGAACAUUGUUGCUUGUGAGCGUAUUAUGUCUCUUAGGCCAACUGAUGAUGGUUACUGUUGCUCCUUGGUUGUCGCCGCUCUUGACAACGAUGUUGAAAAUAGGUCGAGUAGCACUGUUUACGAUUAUGGUGUUCAUUCCGCUUUACGAAUCAUACUUGAUCCUAACUUGAACGACAAUGCCCUCAGCCCUGUCAGUAUUGAUGGUUUCAAGAUUCUGUUGCACAACAAAGAUGAAUUUUCGGACGUGAUUGAACGCGGAUUCAUAGUUGGAUCAGGCUACGAAAAUUUUGUAGCUCUCAACAGUUUUUCAGUCAGCUACACGCCAGCUGUCCAAGCAGUAUCUUUCGAACGACGUCAGUGUUAUGUUGACGGCGAAGGAUCCCUCAGGUACAGCCAAAAUGUUAAUUACACGCGCUCCAGUUGCCUUUUCGAGUGCCGCGCUGAAAAAAUUCUAGAAGCAUGUCACUGCUUACCUUAUUUUAUAAAAGUAAGCAUUCCAGCUCCCACCUGCAAACUACAAGCCUAUCCUUGUGUUACCAGUGUCUAUGUUCAAGCUAUUUUCACGGCACCAGUUACUGCAAACUGCAUGUGCCCGGCAAACUGUAAAGACCAAUGGUUCACAACGGAAAUUUCUUCAGCUCCGUUAUCUCCUACGGGAUUUCCGGCAACGAGGACUUUCAAGCGGAUAUCCAAAAAUAAAAAUAUGGACGCUAAUUACAGUGUGAAGCUGAUUGGCCUCCGCGUGUUCUUCAAAUACAACGCUGGUGAAAGUUUUUCGAUGGACGCUCCAUUCGGCAACAAAGAACUUUUAGCUUCCGUUGGUGGUAUAUUGGGUCUUUGCCUUGGCUUCAGCAUCAUUAGCGCAAUUGAACUGUGCUAUUUCCUGUGUUGCGAUUGGUGUUUUCGCCAAAAACGGAGCAUGCCGAAAACCAUUGCGAAUUUGGCGAUGAGCAACCCAAAAUUGCUCAGAAAACAGGGUCGGCGUCCACCUCCAGUAAUCAAAGUUUUACCUGAUUCUACGGUGACAACCAUCGCUUGGCCUGACACUAUUUCAAAAUGAAAUGUAACCGUUGCAAACAUUUACGAAUUAUUUUUAAAUUUUUAAUGUAGGAAUACAAUCAAGGUAAUGAA